AUGUGGCUCUACCUGGCUGCCCUGCUGGGGCUUUACUUCCUUCGCCGAUGGUACCAGGAGAGACAGACGGUGGAGAACCUGACGGAGAAAUAUGUCUUCAUCACAGGGUGUGACUCUGGCUUUGGAAACCUACUUGCCAGGCAGCUGGAUGCCCGGGGUCUGCGGAUGCUGGCAGCCUGUCUCACGCAGAAGGGGGCAGAGCAGCUGGACAAGGUCACCUCAGAGCGCUUGAAAACCACCAUUCUGGAUGUCUCCAGUACAGAGAGCGUUGCGGCAGCAACAGAGUGGGUGAAAGAACAAGUGGAGAACAAAGGUAGUUUGUUGUUUUGUUUCCAUGCUCUGGAUCAGGCCAGGGAUUAUCUGUAUCAUCAUCUGCUUAUCUUUACUCCACUUUCCCACAAAAUGUAGCCAGAGCGACUCCCAAUAUAUCAAAACGAAAAAGUAUGACCAUUUUAAAAAGUAUUAGAAACAACUAAAAUCAAUAAGGCAAUGAAUGGGGAAGGAAUUCCAUGGGGUCACCUUAAUUCAGCCUCUGUCAAGAGCUGCUACGAUUGCCAAAUAACCUGAAAGAUUAUUGCUUUGUGCCUUUGACAGCAGCUUGUUCUGUGAAGUCACACAGUGAAACUUCAUUUUGUAUGAAGAUACAUGUUCCUAUCUGAUAAUGUCUACAGAUACAAGAGAGCAUAAUCAAUGCUGCAAGAUUUUAAUCUUAAUUUUAAAAAAUUAAUUAAAUUUUUAAAAUUUAAAUUGGCAAGCAGUUGCAGAAUCUCAAACUGAUUAGCCAGUGCCUCUGGAUGGAUCAGGCCAGGGAUUUUCUGUAUCAUCUGUAUCUUUAUUCCACUUUCCCACACAAUGUCGCCAAAGUGACUCCAAAUAUAUCAAAUGAAUGAGUAAUAUUCAAAAAACUUAUUAGAAACAAUUAAUCCAAAUAUCCAAAUAUCAGUGAGUAAAAAAAAAUUUAAAACUAUGCAAUCAGCUUAAUUCAACCUCUAUAAGAAACUGAUCUGAAAGACAUUUGCUUUGUGCCUUUGACAGCAGCUUAUUCUGUGCCUUAUUCUGUGACAUCAGCAGGUGAAGCUCCUUGUGGUGUGAAGAGAAACAUUGACACCUCAUAAUGUCCACUGAUCAAGCUGCUCUUUAAAGCACAUGUAGGAAAAGCCAUAAGUGAUGGUACAAACUGGUAACUUUAACUCACAAUCAGGUGAUGCUGGACUCUGAAUUUUUCCUCCUAAGAGCAGCUGGGAGGAGCUGCAAUCCACACCAGGAAAAUGACUCAGGAGGAGGAGAUAUGUGCUGCCCUUUCUUCAGAAAUGCUGCCUGAUCCAAUCUAAACAUUAAUAUAAUUUCUCCAUAGUGGCUGCUGAGACUGAGACAACAAGGGAGAUUAUUGUACUAUUGUUAAUAAAUGAUAUAAAUGUGGGAUGUAAACACAGGAGCAGUCAAUCACAACAUUCCUAGAGUGUACAUGUUAGAACAUGGGGAGGGAUGUCUGUCCAGCAAGCAGGUAAACUUCCUGGGGACGGACUUCCUCUGCAUGUGACCAGAGGUGGGUGUGGCCUCACCUGUGCAGGUAAUGACAAAAGCACAGGGCAGGCAGCCAUCUCUCUCUCUCUGCCAUUUUUCCUUCGAUGAGGAAGCAUCUAAAGAUGCUCUCUUGGCUCUCAGCCAAGAGAGGAGGAAAGGACUAUCUUGCUAUAAGAUAGAUCCUGAAUGUAUAUAACCUUUUUAAGCCUGUCUGCCUUCUGGCAUCAUAUUGUGAACAGAACGUGAGUAAACUCUUUUAUACUUUCAUAAGGACUGUGUUGUGUCUUGUAUUUUAAGAGGGAACAAAGGGGAAAUUACCAGGGUAAUUAUUAUAGAGGUUCUAGCGAACCUGUGCACACGUUACCGUUGCGAACUUAAAGGGGAAUGUUUAUAAACUCUGCUGAUAUUUUGGGAACUUGUUAGCACAAGUUGGAUAAGGAUAUAAUUAGUCAAUAUAUCCUCUCCUGCACCCCAGAACAUUCCCACAAUAAAUAAUUUAUUAAUGAUACAAACCCCUCUUUCUUAGUUAUUCCUCUCAUCACCCACUCAUAAACACCCUCUCAGUGUUCCAUGCAUGCUAUAUUCUGCACGUAUUAUGUCUUAUUAAUUUUAUAGCAAAAUCACUCUAAAAUCUCCUAACCAACCUGUGCAAAACGUAGGCCAAAACUACAGACUCCAUUCUCUGACAGCAUGGAGGGAAAUCAGGUGGCUGCUGUGCAAAUUGAUGCCCAGGGCUCCAUACUAUCCUCCACUGCAGUGCUGUGCUCAUUUGACAGAGGGAAAUGACGGAAGUUGCAAGGGUGUCUGUGCAGGGAUCCUAAGCACUAAGUGAGCAAAAGAUGUGUGGGAUAGAAGUUAAGAUGGGUGCCUUGACUUAACAGCGUCAUCCUUGGCAUAUAGUGCAUAGCACACACACACACAGCACUCACAAGAAUCAGAUAUACCCACAUUUCCAAAGAAUUGUGUAUAUCCAAUUAUUAAGGCUGGUGGGAACCUGGAACAAUAAGAAUAUUUUUUUCUUCUCACACAGGGCUCUGGGGUUUGGUGAACAAUGCAGGCACUGGUGCCCCAUCAGCUCCCAGUGAGUGGCUGACCAAAGAUGGCGUUGCAAAGAUGAUCGGUGUCAACUUUCUUGGGAUGAUUGACAUGACGCUACACAUGCUGCCCCUGGUGAGAAGAGCCAGAGGGAGGGUGGUCAACAUGUCCAGUAUGGCGGGACGACGGGCAUGCUUUGGAGUACCCUAUGCCACAUCCAAGUACGGUGUGGAAGCCUUCUCUGACAUCCUGAGGUAAACAUGAUAGUUCUGUAUCUUCCUCUUUCUCCUUGCUUUAGUGGGAUGUCUGCUUCUCCAGCUAAGUUCCAAGCAGAGGACAGCAAUGAAUAAAGAGCAGGUGCUGGGACAUGUGGACUGCACCAGAGACUUACCAAGUAAUCAGCAGGGGUUUGCACACCUAGGUCAGCUCUUUUCCUUGAGGAAACAAUUUAAUGUACCAGCAAGAGUUGUAAACACCAACCUCCUGGCGGCUGCCUCUGAAUAUACCUGAUGUCGGGUCAUAGACAAUGCCCUGGUGCCUCAAGACAGAAGAAGACAGGAAGCUGCAUUUCACCACAUCUCCCUCUCUCCCUUCUUUCUUCUUCUUCUUCUUCUUCUUCUUCUUCUUCUUCUUCUUCUUCUUCUUUAAGGAAAGAUGUUCUAUUCCAUGGAAGCCAAAUCAUGAUCUUCCUUAUUAUUCUGGUUCAGUAAGAAGACGUGUUUCUUGAUUUUUCCUCCUCAAUUCAGGCGAGAGAUGCAUCCUUUCGGGGUCCGAGUCAGCAUUAUUGAACCCGGUUCUUUCAAAACACCCAUUCAGUCAAACAUGAUAGAGAGCUACAAGAAUGCAUGGAGCCAAGCCCCUUCUGACAUCAAGGAAGCCUAUGGGCAGUGCUACUUUGAGCGCAGUGAGUAGAAAUGGGCGGGGGGAAGAAUUCAGUUUGGUUUGCAAUGUGCGAAAGCCUGUAAUUAAAGCAUGUGCUAAUAAGUCCCACUGUUGCAGUGGAACACACACACACACAGAGAGAGAGAGAGAGAGAGAGAGAGAGAGAGACCCUGAGACCCACCAGGCUAAAUUGCUGGUUUCCAAAUCCCACCCAUCAGUAAGAUGUUGUUAUGAUUCCCAAGCUUUUUGACUACAUUCCCCCUCCAAUGGACACACUGACACGUGUGUGUGUGUGUGUGUGUGUGUGUGUGUGUAAUCUCCCCCCUCCCCCCCUUUAAAAACAUACAAGGCUAAAUUUUGUACACUGUACUGGCCAAUAUCCUAAAAAAUUUUUUUACCAUUUACCCUUUCAGUGACUGAGGUUGAUGGAGAUGGGGGGGGCAUGAAGUCUAUUUACAAUGCUCAUUAUAUUUAGGAGUGGGGGCAGAACCUAGCUAAUGUGACACGUUCAGGUCUGUAUCUGGAGAGAUAUGAAAUCGUACCCAUUCCUAUCCUGUCGUUUGAUCUUUGAUUCAAUUUGGCAUAUAUGAUACAUAUGGAGACACAUAGAAGGGAGAGAGAGAGCCCUGGUGGGAGACCAACUCAGCCCAACACUGCGGUUGUGGAGCAAAGGACCUUGGGCAGGUGGGGCCAGCAGGGUGCUGCACUGGGCUCCUUGUUUACUGCACGGAAAGGGAAGCACAAUCAGUUGUGGGAGAUGGAGAGGAGACACAAAGAGACAGUUAUGAGGAGAUUUCACCCCUCCCAUAUCCAAGAAUCUCCUGAGGAGUCUGCUGAUUCUCCAGAGAGGAGGAGGCGUGUUCUGCUCUCUACUUAUUUUGCUCCAGCACCAAUCAGUCAGUCAGUCAGUGUCGGAGACUGAGUGUUAGAGAUCGUGUGUAGAGAUAAGGUUGCUGCUAAGAGCAGCUGCAGACACUCAGUGCGGUGCAGCAUUCAUUUAUGCUUAGACCUAUUUAGCUCUGUAUAUAGUUUGUAUAGUUGUAGAUAGAAUAAAAGAAGAUAUUCUACAGAGCUGCUCUCCGAGUUGUUUAUAUACUCUGCUAGAGUCUGCUGUACUCUGCUUUGCGACGACUGUCUUCUUGUUGGAGUGAAUCCGGUGCUCACAACUCUAAGCUGUGAGUCCACAGCACUUUGACCUGUUCCUGUGCAGAAGGUGGUCUCUGGAAGUGCUACCCAGCUCGCCUAGCCCAGUCGGGGCUGAAGUGGAUGAGUCCAGUUGGUGGCACUGGCUCAAGGGCGAUGCUGACAAGUUAUACACACAUAAGCACACACACGGUCGUGUCCAGCGGAGAAAAGGGAAGAGAUUACCAAGGGGGGGGAGAGGGAGAGAGGCGCACAGACACCCACACCAAAACAGCACCCGCUACCCGCUUGAUCCUGGGAGGCAGCUCUAAGCAAGGAGACCAGUUAAUGCUUUUUUAAAAAGCCGCAGAGAGGGAGAGGAGCUGGGCUGCCCCAGUGGCAGAGCUUCAUGGUCCGGCACAGAAGGGGGAGGCGGAGAGCAGGUGGGGGCAGGCUGGGGCAGGGCGUGUGUCCUGGGGGCGUGGCGGGGGGGAGCAGCCGCGAUGGCACCCCACCGGGAUCGCGCUACUUCUUCCUCUGCUAGUGGGUUGCCCGGGCCUGAACCCGGCAUAUGGCAGCCCUCACCUAGAUACAACCAUUGAGCCCCGCUUACUGACUGAAAUACAUAUUGACACUGUCUAAUCACCUAUUGCUAAAGGUUUUUAAUUCUGGUGCUGGAGGAGACUCUUGAGAGUCCCAUGGACUGCAAGAAGAUCAAACCUCUCCAUUCUGAAGGAAGUCAGCCCUGAGUGCUCACUGGAAGGACAGAUCCUGAAGCUGAGGCUCCAAUACUUUGGCCACCUCAUGAGAAGAGAAGACUCCCUGGAAAAGACCCUGAUGUUGGGAAAGAUGGAGGGCACAAGGAGAAGGGGAUUACAGAGGAUGAGAUGGUUGGACAGUGUUCUCAAAGCUAGCAACAUGAGUUUCACCAAACUGCGGGAGGCAGUGGAAGACAGGAGUGCCUGGCGUGCUCUGGUCCAUGGGGCCACGAAGAGUCGGACACGACUAAACAACAACAAUCAGCUGCUGCUAAAGGUUCUGUCUUAAAGCAACAGAAUAUGUUCCCGAUGCCCCUCCUUAGAUUUAGACCUCCUAGGCAGAGAAAUCCAGAAGCUAACAUAUCCUUUCAGAACCCAAAAUAUUUAGGUUAUCUCCUGUGACGUUAUAGGGCAGCAUACAAAUUAAAUAAAUAAAUGCAGAAAUAAAUGCAUAUAUAUUUUUGUACCACUAGCUUUUCUCUUGUUUCCUAUAUCACAGGUCUCAAAUUAUUGAAAUUCUUCUCCUUCACCGGCAGCAGCAACUUUCAACCGGUCACGGACUCUAUAGAACAUGCCCUGACCUCCUGCUCCCCUCGCAUCCGCUACUGUCCAGGAUGGGAUGCCAAACUCUUAUACGUUCCUCUCUCUUACUUGCCAGCCUCCAUUUUUGACUUCCUGUGGAGAUGCAUUUGGCCCAAACCAGCACAAGCCGUGUAG